AUGUCUGGGAAGGCCAAAGAUAUCCUACAGCUGGACCUUUAUGGCUUGCUUGGAAUUGAAAACACUGCUACAGCGAAGGAGAUCAAAAAAGCCUAUCGACAGAAAGCUUUGAAAUGCCAUCCAGACAAAAACCCAGACAACCCAAAAGCAGCGGAGCUCUUCCACCAGUUAUCUCAGGCUCUGGAGGUGCUUACCGAUGCUGCUGCCAAGGCUGCCUAUGACAAAAUUUGUGUUGCCAAAAAACAAGCAGAAGAACGAAACCGCAAACUUGAUGACAAGAGAAAGAAGAUUAAGCUUGACCUUGAGGAAAGAGAACGACAAGCAGAAGCUCAGACCCAAGAUGAAGUGCAAAUUACAAGGACACUUGAAGAAGAGAUCACUCGCUUGAGGGAGGAGGGAUCCAGACAGCUUGAGGAAGAACAGAGGCUCAUCAGAGAGCAGAUUCAAAGAGAAAGAGAAGAACAGCAGAACACGGGAGACUACAGUCACAGAAACUCUGGAAUUGGGAGGUGUUCCAGGAGCAACGUCACUCCAAAAUUGAAGUUGAAGUGGAAGUGUAAAAAGGAUUAUGGUUCAAAUGGUGGCUACUGUCAAGAAUUCCUUCUAAAACUUUUACAAAAGUACGGAGAUGUUUUGAAUGUGAUCGUAUCAACAAAGAAGCAAGGAAGUGCAGUUGUUGAAUUUGCAACCGUAAGGGCAGCUGAGCUGGCAGUAAAGAAUGAAAGUGGCCUGAGUGAAAAUCCAUUGAAGAUUUCUUGGUUAGAAGGCCAGCCUGAAGUUGAUCCUGCAUCUCAAUUCCCGUUGACACAGGGUUCCUUGUCCAAUGAACGCGACUACGAGAGUGUAGUGAUGAUGAAGAUGAGGCAGGCUGCUGAGCGACAACGUCUCAUUCAGCAAAUGCAAAAGGAGGAUGAGGAAGAAGGCCUUACGUCCUAG